GAUAGUCUGUACUGUAUUUCAACCAAUAACGUUAAAGAUAUGAGACACACCUUCAAUCAUGAACAUUGGAAUACACGAGGUCAAAACUACUUCAACCUAUAAUUAUUUAACCUCACUUUAUUUUUUGACAUUUUGAAAAUGUGAGGCAUGGAAGAUUGUGAGCCUUGUAAACGUAAAGAAAUGGCAUCUAAUCAUGGAAAUCAAGAAAUUUCAGACCCUGUAGAAGAUAUGCUUAUAAAGACAGGAUGUAUUAAUCUUCACUACAAAGUACAGGACUGCUAUUCUGAAACCAAAGAUUGGAGAAAGUGUCAGCUAGAAGUAAAUGAAUUUAGAAAGUGCAUGGAAAAACAUCAACAAUCAAGAUUAAAGGGUAUUCAAAGGACUUAAUGAUCUUCGUUAUUGUGUAAUACAAGUGUAAAUCGUUGCAAAUAUUUCGAAGCGUUAGAAAUAUGAAAUUCGCAGUUACAAAUAUGGAUAGAUAGUUUCGUGGUGGGAUAAAUAGGAAUUUUCUUUAAAACUUUAGAACCAAAAUAUGUAAGCUAUGUACUAAAUAGCUUAUCUAUUAAUAAAUAAUUCCUUCAGCA